AUAAGCAUGAAUAAAACCGUGAUUAAAAUUACUGAUGAAGAAAAAAGGCGGACUAAAGAAAUACUUGACGAUGUGAAUUUAAAUUUUAUCGAUCAUGUCGACACGGAUAAUAGACUCGAACAAGUUCGCAAAGAGUUUAAUGAAGAAAUCCGAAGAUAA